AUGUCUUUCAACACUGACAUAUCAACAAACUUGGAGAAUAGCAGGAACACCUUACGCAAAAUAGCCAGGCACGAUGACACCGAAUUCUCCAAGCAGAGCAUACUCAAUGACAUGGAGAAAUUUGUCAAAAUGGUGAAUGUUAUGGAUGACACCGUGCUAGUGCCUAGCCGUCUGAUGAACCUGCCACAGGAAGGUGACGAUGACCCAUUCAGCAUGUUUUCCAUGCUUAAUGAUUUGAAGACUGAGCUCUUAUGGUCUAGUGGUGACACUGAAGAGCAUGAAGAAAGAGGUAGACGGGUGUCUGAUAUCAGCGAUACUGAAAGUGAUGCCUCAAGUGCAGCUGGUGACUCUGGUAUUGAGGGUGAGGAUGAGCGGGAAUCUGCAGUGCGUGCCGCAGCGGCCUGUCGUCGGCAUUUGCGUGGUCUGCGCCGCUCCCUCCGGCAGCUCACGGCCGCCGCAGCACAUCUAACGAGAUCGUACCAGGAAGAAGUCGGUGCACCGGUCUAG